GAAUACCACAUCUGACCGGAUGUCACAGAGGCUUCUCUUUGUGGCUGAGUGAUGCUGGCCAGUGAUGAGCUGCAGAAAUCAAAGGCAGAUAAGGGCUGAGUGCUAAUGGAACAGAGGGACGCUGCGCCUAGUCUUUGACAAUGAAAUUCAACUUAUUCAGAAGGCCACAGGCUGUGGCAGCCGCAGAGCCCACCGGUGCCACCACCGUGACCAUGGCUCCCACCCCGGCGAUCAUCUCCACCGCGGCGGACACCUCCAGCUCCAACAACACAGAGAUCAGCAAGAAUGACAUGUUUGAAGAAAUCAAGAGCAAAUUCUUGAAUGAAAUUGAUAAAAUCCCACUGCCUCCGUGGGCUCUGAUUGCCAUCGCUGUGGUGGCUGCUUUGCUCAUCCUUACCUGCUGCUUCUGUAUAAUCAAAAAAUGCUGCUGUAAGAAGAAGAAGAACAAGAAAGGGAAGAAGGGCAAGGAUGGCUUCAACAUGAAGAACAUGCAGGGUGGCGAGAAACUCCAGGAUGACGAUGACGACGAGGGAGAGACCGGACUGACGGAGGAGGAGAAAGAGGAAGAAGAGAAAGAACAAGAGAAACUUGGGAAGCUGCAAUACUCCAUAGAUUAUGACUUUGAGAAUACAAAGCUCACAGUUGGUAUCCUUCAAGCUGCGGACCUCAUGUCCAUGGACUCAGGAGGAACCUCCGAUCCUUACGUUAAGGUCCUGCUCCUACCUGACAAGAAGAAGAAGUAUGACACUAAAGUUCACAAGAAAACACUGAACCCUGUCUUCAAUGAGACGUUUGUAUUCAAGGUACCCUACGAAGAGCUCGGUGGAAAGACACUGGUGAUGUCUGUUUAUGACUACGACCGAUUUUCCAAACAUGACGUCAUUGGAGAGGUGAAGAUUCCCAUGAACACCAUCGACCUUGGGCGGCCGAUUGAGGAGUGGCGGGAUCUAGAGAGCGCUGAUCAAGAGGAGCCUGAGAAACUCGGAGACAUCUGCAUCUCCCUCCGUUAUGUCCCCACUGCCGGGAAACUCACCGUCUGCAUCCUGGAGGCAAAGAACCUGAAGAAGAUGGAUGCCUGUGGAUUAUCUGAUCCCUAUGUAAAGAUCCAGCUGCUCCAGGGGGGUAAACGUUUGAAGAAGAAGAAGACUACAGUGAAGAAAAACACCCUAAACCCAUACUAUAAUGAAUCCUUCAGCUUUGAAAUCCCUCUGGAACAGAUGCAGAAAAUCUUGGUGGCGGUCACAGUGUUUGAUUAUGACAAGAUUGGUAAGAACGACGCCAUUGGAAAGAUCUUCGUGGGUAGCAAGGCAACUGGUUUAGGUCUGAAGCAUUGGUCUGACAUGCUGGCUAAUCCACGCCGCCCCAUCGCCCAGUGGCAUCCAUUGCAGCCAGAGGAGGAUAUCGAUGGUCAGCUGGCAUCCUUGAAUGCAAAGAAGUAACGUGCUCGACCAACCAGCUAAUGCACUAACUCAGAAACCCAACCCCACCCCUACUUUGCAUGAGACCCAUGACUUAACACAUGACUACUCGUCAUGAAACCUGUGCAGCAAAAAAGAGACAUCGUAGAAUAUCCGCUCAUUCAUGGUUAAGUCCAAAAAAACUCUUUUAAGCAUCACAUUUCACACGUUAGUGAAUGCGGAGAAGAGUGGCAUUGAGUUAUCGGGUGACUGGUUCAUGAAUGAUCGACUUUUGGUCUUUCUUUGAUUUGAAGAAAACUUAGAAACUGAUUCUUAGGGUGCUGACUUUGAAUGAAAGUCUUGGUGAAGACAAUGCUGGAAUAAAGCUUUAGUUUAGUUUAUAGAGCAUGCUUUACUUACCUCCCCACUGCUCUGCAUACAUCAUGCCCAGUAUUGUAUCUUGCUAAUAAGUGUGCUAUAACUUGCAAUAGAAAGUACUGUAGUAUUGGGUUAUUUCCUGUUUAAGUCUAUCAAUACAAAAAGAUUUAAAUGACAAUGAGAGAGGUCAAGGUCACUGAAUGCAGUGGCCCAUGUUGCAAUAUGUUUUCAAGAAAUAUCUGUAUAAAUGAUUCAUUUUAUCAGCUCACAUUUGAGAAGGAGAAACAUACAGUACAGAAGCAUACAGUAUGGCAGGGAUGACACAGUUGUCUGAUGUUUGUUGCUUGUUUUGUGUUGCCAUGAAGGCACAUCUAUGCAUUUAGUUCAACACACAUUUGUGUCUUCGGACAGAUCUAACGUAGGACAGGAAUACAAGGGUGCCUUUCCUGAUAUGACACUUUGAGAAAUAUAGUAGGCUUCAUCUUUUGUUUUAUUUAUAGGAGGGGGACUUUGUGCUGAGUGAAUAUCAUUCAAAAGUAGUCAGGGACAUUGUGAAUGUGCCAUCUGAAAUCUGUCUUGGGUUGUGUUGACCACUUGGAUGUAAAACCUUACUUAUCCAUGAAGUAAGGUUGCUCGAAGGCUUACAAAUGAUGUUCAAAACAAUUAUGACUAUGCUUCUUUUGAAUUUUGCUGUUGCUUCAUAAAACAGUGCCAUCUCACUAA